AUGGGAGAACUUCUCCCUGUUCUCUCUCUUCUACUCUGCCUCUCAUUGCUCCAAGGAGCACAAGCUGCCACGUUCACUGUAAGCAACCAGUGCGGCUACACGGUGUGGCCGGGCAUCCUCUCCAACGCUGGCGUCGCGCCGCCGUCCACCACCGGCUUCGCCCUCUCGCCGGGGCAGACGCUCGCCGUCUCCGUCGCAGCUGCCUGGUCCGGCCGCAUCUGGGGCCGCACGCUCUGCGGGCAGGACUCCUCCGGCAGAUUCACCUGCGCCACCGGUGACUGCGGCUCGGGCGCGGUCGAGUGCUCUGGCCGCGGCGCCGCCCCGCCGGCCACGCUGGCGGAGUUCACACUCGGCGGCGGCAGCGGCGGCGGCGAUGACUUCUACGACGUCAGCCUCGUGGACGGGUACAACUUGCCGAUGCUCGUGGCGCCGACGUCGCCGGCCGCGGCGGCGAGUAACGGGAGCUGCCAGGUGACGGGGUGCGUGAUGGACCUGAACAAGUCGUGCCCGGCGGAGCUGCAGGUGGUCGUGGCGCCGUCGGCGAGGGCGAGGGCGGUGGCGGCGUGCAAGAGCGCGUGCGAGGCGUUCGGGACGGCGCAGUACUGCUGCAGCGGCGCGUACGCGGCGCCGUCGACGUGCGCGCCGACGGCGUACUCGCGGUUCUUCAAGGGCGCGUGCCCGCGCGCCUACAGCUACGCGUACGACGACGCGACGUCGACGUUCACCUGCGCGGCGGCCGGCGGCGGCUACGACGUCGUCUUCUGCCCCGGCGCGUCCAGUAAUCCGGAGGCAGUAGGCGUGCCACCUACCUACUCAACAAUUGCGUUCACCGGAAAUGCAGAGAGCUUGGCGACGAGCAGGGUGAAUUUGCUUGUAAUCUUCGGCCUCGUGAUGGUCAUCAGCUCAGCGAUGCCGACGCUACCUUGGUGAUCUCGAUUCAAACAUUG